AUGCAAGCUGGUAUCUCUGUUCUGUUUGACCUGUUACGACUCGAACGUCAAAUCAUGCUGAAAUAUGUCUUUUUCUACGGCUGGGAAGUGACGAAGGACUGUCCAAUCUCUCGUGCUUGUUUCUCGCAAUGGUAUGACGCUGCGUUCGAGGAUCCAGAGAGACCGGGUACUGUCUUUAAGACUGCCGAGCAUUGGUUCAUGUUCCACAAGGCGAGACUCUUCGAUCCCGACUUGUGCGACAAGAUCAUCGCUGCCGACACACCUGAUGAGGCUAAAAAGCUGGGUCGACAAGUCAAGAAUUUUGACCGGAAGGAGUGGGACAAGUACGCCGACCAAGUUGUGCAAAAGGGCAACGAGCUCAAAUUCGCCCAGCAUGCCGAUCUUCGACGCUACUUAUUCGACACUGGAUCCCGAACACUGGUCGAAGCCGCUCCCACAGACCGUAUUUGGGGGAUAGGGUUCUCAGAGGACGAGGCCAUGGAUCAUGUGAAGGAAUGGGGCACGAAUCGAAUGGGUCUAGCAUUGACAAGAGCUCGGGAUG